AUGAAAGACCCCAAAUUCCUGAGAGACCGCGCCACCUUCUCUCCCGCAGCCUUCGCCGCACCCCGCACGAAAGAAGACCGCGCCCUUUCCCGGGCGGAAGCCCUCCUUGAAAUCCAAUCCUCAGUCCGUUUACUAGAAGAGACCAUCCUCAGCGAUGGCAGGAACUGGGUCCUCGGCGGGAAGGAGCCCACACGCGCAGAUGUGGAAGGGGUGUGGGUCAUCCACUGGCUUUUGACCCUUCCCCCUCCUCACAACGACAAUGCUCUUGACCCUGCUGUCAUAAACAAGACGCGCUACCCGAAGACGAUGGCGUGGGUGAAUAGGUUUGACCAGUUUAUCAAUGCGCUGAGUGGGAAGGAAGGGAGGGUCAUCAAGGGUGGGGAAGCGGCUGAGCUGAUUUUGAAGGGGAAGAGAGGGGGGGAUAUCGGGGUGGAUGAGGCUGAUCCGGUGGUCAAGGUUCAGGGACUGAAGAAGGGGGAUGUGGUGGAGGUUUUUCCUACUGAUACGGGGAGCGCGUUCAAGGAUAGGGGGAGGUUAGUGGGGGUGGACGAGAGGGAGGUGGUGUGGGAGAAUGAGAAGGGGGUUAGGGUGCAUGCGCCGAGGUUGGGGUUUAGGGUUUUGGGGGUGAAGGGACGGCCGAGCUUGUAG